ACGGUAUAAAUGCCGCUUGUAAUCUCGCUUAGAACUCAGAAAUCUUCGGAUGAGUUCGAAUUAGUGCGAUUACGCUGUGCGUAAUUAGACAACAUGAAGUUUGCAGAGCAUUUGUCAGCCCAUAUUACGCCCGAGUGGCGUAAACAGUACAUUAGUUAUGAGGAAAUGAAAGCAAUGCUUUACGCGGCGGUAGAGGAAGCGCCUUCAGAUGAAAGUGUAGAACCAGAAGUGAUAUCACGUCACUUUGCGUCUUUUGACGAGGUGUUUUUUACAUUCUGUGAUCGUGAAUUAAAGAAGAUUAAUACAUUUUACUCAGAAAAAUUAGCGGAGGCUACACGUAAAUAUGCUGCUUUACAAAGUGAAUUAAAGACUGCAGUAGAGUUGCAACAGGGAAGUGGGAAGAACAAAGGAAAAAUCAGCGCGAAGCCGCUUUUGCCUACCAGAAAGCUUAGGGAUCUAAAACUUGCAUUUUCAGAAUUUUAUCUGUCACUAAUCCUUCUUCAAAAUUAUCAGAAUCUUAAUCAUACUGGAUUUCGCAAAAUUCUCAAAAAACACGACAAGUUAUUGUCAGUUGACGCCGGUACAAAAUGGAGAGUCGAGUGCGUGGAAACGUCACACUUCUACACGUCCAAAGAUAUAGACAAAUUGAUUCAGGAAACAGAAGCCACAGUGACGAACGAUCUCGAGGGUGGCGAUCGGCAACGCGCUAUGAAACGUCUUCGGGUGCCACCGCUUGGCGAGCAUCAGAGCCCAUGGACUACUUUCAAAGUUGGCUUAUUCUCUGGUAGCUUUAUUGUCCUAUGUGUUGCAGUUAUUCUCUCAGCCAUCUUCCACGACAGCGGGGAGAAUCUUAAGAUCGCAUUUAGACUAUACCGAGGUCCCUUCCUUAUUGUUGAAUUUUUAUUCCUUAUCGGGAUUAACGUUUAUGGAUGGAGAUCGUCUGGCGUUAAUCAUGUUUUGAUAUUUGAACUGGAUCCACGAAAUCAUCUUUCGGAGCAACAUCUCAUGGAAUUGGCUGCAAUCCUCGGAGUAGUCUGGACGCUUAGCUUACUAAGUUUCUUAUACAGUGCCAGUUUAAGUAUUCCACCAUACGUGAAUCCAUUAGUACUUGUCUGUAUCAUGCUGAUUUUUCUAUUAAAUCCGGUUAAGAUGUUCCGUCACGAAGCUCGUUUCUGGCUGUUAAAGAUCAUAGGGCGUGUUUUAAUAUCACCAUUCGCGUAUGUCAAUUUUGCCGAUUUCUGGUUGGCGGACCAGUUCAACAGUUUGGCGACUGCAUUCUUGGACUUUCAUUUUUUAAUAUGCUUUUAUAUUACGAAUGGCGAUUGGUUGAAGGCAAACGAUACUACGCAAUGCAUGUCUGGCUCUCUCAUUAUUAGGCCUAUUGUGAAUUGCUUACCGGCGUGGUUUCGGUUUGCACAGUGCGUUCGCAGAUAUAGAGAUUCUAAAGAAGCGUUUCCACAUUUAGUGAAUGCUGGAAAGUAUUCCACAACGUUUCUCGUUGUUGCAGCCAACACUUUAUACGCUUAUCACGGAGUGGAAUAUAAUAAUAAAUGGGAGAAUCCAUGGUUAUGGCUAUGGGUGUGUAGCUGCCUUAUUAAUUCAAUAUAUUCAUAUACAUGGGAUCUCAAGAUGGAUUGGGGCCUUUUAGAUAGUAAUGCUGGUGAAAAUCGUUUUCUAAGGGAGGAAGUAGUUUAUUCGACAGCCUGGUUUUAUUAUUUCGCAAUAAUAGAAGAUUUUAUACUACGAUUUAUAUGGAUUGCGAGUUUUAUUCUCAUCGAAUGCGGGUUUAUUUCUGGGGACUUAAUGACUUCCAUUGUAGCACCUCUUGAAGUUUUUAGACGAUUUGUGUGGAACUUUUUCCGUUUAGAGAAUGAACAUUUGAAUAAUUGCGGUAGAUUCCGCGCUGUACGUGAUAUUUCGAUAGCACCUAUAGAAAGCUCCGAUCAAACGCAAAUUUUACGUAUGAUGGAUGAUGAGAACGGUGUACUUAAUAGAGGUAAACGUAAAAGCGGCGGUAAAAAGCAGAGCAAUUCAAAAGAAGAAAAACGAGCUCUGCUUAAGGAAGAAACUAUAGAUAUCGAUAUGUCAAAUGCCAGUUGAAUAUAUAUUAUAUAAUAGUUCAAGAUUUUUGUACAAUCAUCUUUAAUGACUUCUAUGGACGAAAAGCCUCCAAAGUCUGGUACUUAGAGAAAAUAAUUCGCAAAAUUUUGUAAAUGAUACAUAUCGAUUUUGUUGGAAGAUAAAUAAUUAGCAUAUGCUUUAG